CGCUUCGUUUCUCAAAGUGUCAACCGUGCCGCUCACGGCCUACAUCUCCGAGUAUCUUCCGUGGACAGGCAAGCUCUCGCCGCCCCUCUCGUACGCCAACUACACCGAUUUCGUGUCGACGGAGCUCGACCGCAGCCGCGCAACGUACUCGAACACAACGAUACCGGAUGGCAAUUUGUACCUUGUGGACAAGCCCAACAACGCCCAAGUGGCCCGCGCGCUUCUGCACUUGGGGCAACCGCCCAGUAUGUCGUUCUCUACGUGCUUUAACACCCAGCUCCCAGGUCUUCCGGGGCUCGUGUUUUACACCAACCGCACCAUGGAGAUGCUCUGCGUGGCCAUGACGGCACCGAACGCGAGUGCUAUCGACUGGGCCGCGCAAGGGUCGUGCUUUCAAGCCACGCUGUGCACACUCUCGACGGGCCAUGUGUGCUUUUGGCUUCUACCUGGCAACGUUGUCCACCGAGAAAGCACAGAUGCAACGGCCAUGACACUCACUUAUGUCUACUACGAGUCGCGGUUCGGUCCGUGGAUCUGGUUCAAGUUUGGCUACCGCAUUGCGUCGACGCUCUUUGUGUGGUAUCGGCUCUGGCACGGGUACUACAAGCACGUGUGGGCGCUGAAGAGGGUCUUGCAAGGGCGAGGGCACCGCGCGACGCUGCCGAGCGGCGUCUGGUCGUACGAGUUCGUGGUUGGGGACCCAACCGCCAUCAUUCUUAUGGACCCCUCCGUCGCGACGUUGUAUUUCUUGGAUAUUUGGCUCAGCGUCACCAACCUCGCGGUUGCGAUCAUGCAAGUCGCGCAGUCGGGCAGCCUCGAACAUGUGUUUCGAAGCACAUGGUACCUUUCCCGCACCGUGUGGUUUGCCUAUUGGAGCCUCUGCCUCGUCUCGUAUGGUCUCAAGCGCUUUCAUAAGGAGCAUGUGUUUGCGGACGUGGAUCCGACGGUUUUGGCGAUUGCCGUCAUGGUCUACGGCCCACUGUUGACGUGGAUGAACGGACACAUUCCGGUCUUCACGUGGCUGUACCAAUGGACGUUCACCGUUGGUGUGCCGACCGCAUCGGCCAAUCACGUGAUCGAGUCCUGUCUCGGAUGCAUCGUCUAUGUUCAAUUGAUCGCGAGUAUUCCGCUGCUUUAUGGUCUCACCACCCCGUACUUUGACACGGCCAAGCGCGCAAAAAAGAAAAAGACUGAGAUCGAUUAUGCUAGUUUUUACUACAACAAUAUCAAGAACCGAGUCGCCUUGGGCACUCUGCGACGUCGCCCGCCCCGGCAAACGGCGCGCGGUGGCACCGUGCACGCAAUCAUGGAGGCAUUUCCGCAGCUCAAGGCCACACCGACCAUCAACUUGCGCGCGACCGACUGCUUUGUGCUGUGCUAUUGCGACGGCCAGCUCUACGAGCGCUUGCGAGUGAGCUUGCUGCAGUGCUUAGACCGACGCAACGCCGACAAAGUGAUCGCACACAGCGCCGAGCCCUCCGAGUUUGUCGUCAACCUCUUGCGCCCGGCCCCGUUAUUUGCUCUUCGGGACAAAGGCGCGGGGUCUGCACCGCCAAACAAGCCGUACGCGAUGCAUCGAGCGGCCUCACCAUCCGUGUGGUGCAUCUAAUAGCGCUUACGUUACUUGCUUUGCAGCCUACAUACUACCGUAAAUUUGCUGUCGAGUCAACAAGUGCUGUGGUG